UAUAAUAUUACUAUGAUUUCUGUAAAUUAUUUUAUAAAACAUUGUUGACGCCUGAAUAGAUUGAAACGCAGGUCUGGGGUAUAGGAGAACGCAAGAGAUAAUCAGUGAAUCACGGAAUUGUUAACCAGUGAUAUCUCUUUCAAGAGUAAAGAAUGGGUGACAAGAAGAAAAAGGCUCAGAUGUUUGUGAAACUAGUGUCUGCUGCCGGCACUGGAUUUUUCUAUGUAAAGAGGAAGCCAAGGCAGUUCACAGAAAAGCUUGAGUUUCGAAAAUUUGAUCCUAGGGUUAAUCGUCAUGUUCUGUUUACAGAGGCUAAGAUGAAGUGAUCUGGUACCUUUUAUGGCUUCAUUUCCCUCUUGUAACUGGAUCAUUCUUAUACUUCUCACUUCUCUGAAAGGGUUUUCUAAUCUGGUGUUAAUUUUGAAUCCUGCCAAUCUUUUCACUAUCUCUGUAUGUUAUAUUUUUAUAGUUUGUUUUA